AAUGCAUUUUUGCAUGGUUGUACAAUACUACAGUAUGCUGAAGCAGAGAUUGUGGAUGGCUGGGUCACACGAGGCACUUGGUAACAGAAGCUAAACGAAACAUGUAGUGAUCCACAGGAUUAAAGUGUGUGUGCUGGGACCGAAGGCAUCAAAGGGAGAUCAGGACCUUAAGACAUCGAAUGCUAGAAGGAUGAGCAGCACGUUUGUGACCCUUGCUGAGGUGCUGGAAGCCAGAGGAGGACCGCUGGAAGAGGACGAGGUGUGGUCGCUCCUGCUGGGCUCAGCUGAAUCUCUCUUAGACCUUUCCUACAAAGGUCACAAUAUCUGCAACAUUAUAACUCCUGCAUCACUGCUCUUGUCCGCAACUGGGACGCUGGCAUUCAAGAACUGUGCUAUGACAGAUGAGGUGUGUGCCUUUACAGCCCCAGAGAUGCUGCAAGGACGUGCCAUCUCCACCAAGCUAGCCAUGGAGAAGAUAAUCGUGUAUUCUCUUGGGAUGACUCUGUAUUGGUCAGUUGAUUAUCAUCUUCCUCAAAACCAGCCCAUUCAGCUAAGUGACUCUCUGAACUGCCUUCUCCUGAGCAUGUGUGAGGACAUGGCCCAUCGACGAGCCAACCUCAACUCUAUCUUGGAGGUGUGUGAAUCACACCACAAAGCAUCUCUGCUGCCUCCUCCCAACAAAGUCAUCAAACAACUGGUAGAGGACGUCCUCCAAGACACUGUGGAUCGAGCUGCUUUGACUGAAAAUGUUGUGCAGUUGAGUGGGAAAAGUCAGAUGAUCAGAGAAAGACUACAUGGUAAACGUGGACCAUAUCCUGGUUAUACAGAGGGGAACGGAGCUUCAGGAGAGACCCGCAGACUGUCUUUGGAUUCCGAGCUAAAGCAAAGAAUUUCCCAACAACAGAAAACCUGGUCUCUCAGAAGUAGACCUAAUCAAACCACAUCCUCUCUGGGUUCAAACAAAAUUCCACCGGGGCUUCACCACAGACGAAGCACAAGUUGUUGGCUGUCACAAAGUACAUGCCUCAAUGUUCCCAAAAAGGGUGAAACCCGACCGUCCAGUCCCUGUAUCACUGUUAGUGAGUCUGCAGUCAGCCUCUCCCAAAGGAAAGCCAAGAGUCUUGGGCCUGAAUUUACCAGGAUGAUUGAUGAACCUCAAAUAGUUUUAGAGCUGCCGGGAUCUAUAGUGUCAAAGAAAGGCAAGUCAGGCUUGUCACAAAGGGAAGUUAAUGUGAUUAUGCCAAAUGAACAGUGUGUGGCAGUGAAAUGUGACAUCAAGUCCCGUGGGAGAGAUGUCUUCGACAUGGUUGUGGCACACGCUAACCUUGUGGAGCACUUUUACUUUGGCCUUGCUUUCAUUGAUGAUGGUGAAUUUUUCUUUUUGGACCCUGAGACAAAAAUCUCAAAGGUUGCCCCAGAUUACUGGAAGAAAGUGGCUUCUGCAACAUUUACACUUUUCCUCCGUGUCAGAUUUUUCCCUGAUGACAUCUCCUACAUACUGCACAGACUUACACAACACCAGUACUAUCUCCAGCUGAGGAGGGACGUUCUGGAGGACAGAGUGUACUGUAAUGAGGAGACUGCAUUGUUUCUUGCUGCGUUAGCACUGCAGGCUGAGUUUGGAGAUUAUAUGCCUGAAGUUUAUGGGAAGAACUAUUUCCAAAUGGAGCAGUACAUCUCUAAGAGAGUCAUAGAGAAAGUGGCCUUGCCCUGUUUAAGAGAGGAGUUGCCAAGGUUACAUGCCAAUAAUGCCCACAUGCUUCCAGAGGAGGCUGAGAUGGAGUUCUUAAAGAUUGCACAGCAGCUGCCAGAGUAUGGGGUGCUGUUCCACAGAGUUGCCCGUGAAAGGAAACCCAUUAUUGGAGAGCUGGUUUUGGGAAUUUGUGCCAAAGGAAUUAUGGUUUAUGAAGUCAAGAACAUUUCUCGGGUGUUAACCCGCAGAUUUCCCUGGACAGAAAUAGACAGUCUCUCAACAAGUAGACGAAAAUUUACCAUUGAGUGCCGCCCGAGUGGGAAGAAGCACUCCUUUGUGACAGAGAGCUCAAAGAUCGCACAGUACCUCCUGAACCUCUGCUCAGCCCAGCACAAGUUUCACAGUGAGAUGACCUCUCGUCAGAUGACCUACUGUUUAGCCUCAGAUGACAAUGUGGCAAAAUAUGCAUCAAUAUGCCGUGCUCGACAAGAUCAGAUAAAGAGGCUGUCUUCCUCGGAGAUUGUGCUCAACAAUAUUGGUUUGAAUGUGUUACCAAAUGACUCCAUGAGCAAGUCUUGUGAUGACCUGUCAGCAAAAAUCGGAGUUCGGAUUCGGCAACCGAGCAAAGUAAAUUACAUUCAUGAAGCAAGAACUCCAAGCGAGCUGAAAGACCAGAGCCAAAGCAACAGCCCUCCAGAAACGUUCAGUCCUCCAGUUUAUCGUAUCAUGUCCAAUGUCUCUUUGCAAAAGCAUGACUUAGAGGUCCAUUCCACCACCUCGUCUAUAAGAGUGGACACACCCACAAGAACAACCCCAGAGAGAGAAAUCAUCUGUGUUACUUUAAAGAAGGAUCCCAAACUAGGUUUCGGUUUUGUAAUUGUCGGGGAGGACAACACAGGGAAGUUAGAUCUUGGAAUUUUCAUUGCAUCCAUCGUUCCCGACGGACCAGCUGAUAGGGAUGGCAGAAUCAGACCAGGUGGUCGGCUGAUCUCUAUGAAUAAGAUCAGUCUAGAGGGAGUGACGUUUAAUAUAGCUGCUGCCAUACUGCAGAGCAGCCCAGAUGAAGUGGAGCUCAUAGUGUCCCAACCCAAACAGGAUCAUCGGGACAGUAAGACCUCACUGGCUACAAGUAAUUUAGGGAUGAUGCUGGAAAGAGGCUUUGGCUCUCAAAGCACCCUGAGUGCAGAGUACAGGCCUGUGAUGGAGGAGCUGGAGGAGACCCUCUCCAACAUCAUGACUCCUAAAAUGGGCAAAAGAUUGCACAUACCUGUGGUGCGGAUUCUGGAUGUUCAGGAUAGGAUGUCUAAUUCUUCCAGCUUCAGCUCAAAGCCAGGAGAAACAAUCUACAUGGAGCUCAGAAAGAUCAACAGCAGCUUGGGAAUAAGUGUUGCUGGGGGAAUCAACACUAAUGUACAUCAUGGAGGAAUCUACAUCAAAAGCGUGAUCCCAGGAGGAGCAGCAGAUCAAGAUGGACGAAUACAGAUAGGUGACAGGCUGCUGGAGGUGGACGGCUGUAACCUGCGUGCCGUCACACACAGGCAGGCAGUAGAGUGCCUGAAGAGGACAGGGGAGGUGGUGAGCCUGGUUCUGGAACGAGAGCCUCCAGUGGUGUUGGACACUUACAGUGCCUCAUCCACGUUGGAGAGACAGAGAUCUCCUUCACCCUUCAGUGCGCAGAGCACGCCCACCUCCCUGAGGAGAGAUGUGACCAUGGAAACGCCCUUGUCUGUCAGGGCCAAGGACUUCAGCUUUGUGUCAGAUGAUAACUUCCUGGAGGUGACGCUACAGAAGAGUCUCAGGAGCCUGGGGUUCACUUUCAUCAUAUCUGAACUGGGUCCGGAUGAGGGCAGCAUGGUGCAUAUUAAGAGCUUUCCUUCUGGUCAGCCUGCAGUGGAUUGUGGGAUUCUGGAGGGAGACAUAAUCCUGGCUGUCAAUGGAGAACCUGUCAGAGGCCUCUCCUAUGAGGAAGUUCUGCAUCUCCUCCAAAAAUGUCCAUCUGAGAUCAGACUGUCAAUCUGCAGACCCUCACGGGAUGAAAUUGCAGACAUUGAGACCUCUCUGGGUCCUGACACACUUCCAGUCCGUGCACUGAGAGCUAGAUCUCUAGACCUGCAGGUGAGGACUGUCGCCCCAGACUUUAGUGAACUCCUCAAGAAACGGGUGAUAGAGAUGGGUCUAAAGAAAGAAGUUUCCCCAGAGAAAACCCCGGAGAUCCUCUUGACCCAACAGAAAAAAGAUACUGAGCUGCUGGAUACUACUAUAUCAGCACCCCCACCCCUACCCCCACGUCCAUCCUCAAGUGAAGCUGGAGAACCAAAGGCUCAUGCCAUAAUAGGGGAGGGGCAUGAGCAUAAAGCUCCACCCCCAACUCCUCCCCCAACACCAAGCACUGUAAAAGUGACAGCAGCCAACACAGCACCAACUCCUGCAGCCCCUGAAACCGCAAUUACAGCCCAUCAGCAAGAAGAUGAUACCAUCUCAACCAACCAUGUCUCAGCUCAUACCAGUAACACAGCUGAAGGCAUGGAAGAGAGCAUGACAAGUUUCACAGCUAAUGGACUGACUGUCAUAGCUGAUGAGGAAUACUUGACCAUCACCACCACAGCACCCUCUCCUCCAAGCAGCAGCAUUGCUGUCUCCAAUGAACCGCUUUCUCCAUCACUGCUGAGCACACCUCCAUCCUACCAACAAGCAACUCAAGCAUCCUCCCCAACAAAACCUCAUGCCCAGUUCACCACCCCUUCAGCCAGCAACAAUGGCUGGGACGAUGAUGAAGAAGAGGAUGAGGAAGAUCCCAGAAGGGACGUAUUGAAGGAGUUUGAACUGACUGUCUCAUUGACCAAAUCAUGGUGUGGCAGUUUCGGUUUUACAAUAACCAGGAGCAAACUGGAUAACUGCUUCUAUGUCCAGGAUGUCCUGGAUAAUCCGGCCAAAGCAGAUGGCAGACUGAGGGCAGGAGACAGGCUUGUCAUGGUAAACGGUCACGAUGUGACCAGCGUGUCAGAUGAUGUGGCUAUUGGCAUCCUCAGGUCCUCCUCUAAAAGACUGCACAUGUUGCUGGGCAGAGCUGUGCAAAAUCUACUCCCUCCGCCGCCUCCUGACACCCUCCAGGACAUUGUCAUUCCCAAGACUCCAUCCGGACAACUGGGUAUCAAGCUAACUGGGGGCAUUGGCAGCAAGUGGCAGGGAAUUUAUGUCCAGGAGGUGGUGCCAAACUCCCCUGCUAGUGAAGAGGGCAGCAUCCAGCCCAAUGACAAGAUUAUUUAUAUAUGUGGGAAGUGCACCCUGGGAAUGAUGCUGGAGGAUGCUGUGAAAGUGUGUGAGAGUGCCCCGCGCAAAGUCAGAUUAAAAGCCAUGAGAGAUGAUCAACCAGUGAUCCCAGUAGAUAAAUGGAAUGGUUUGUUUGAAUGGAAGGAGAAACAAGUCUUUCCUCACCUUGACGAGCCUGUGUCCCCUGACAUGGAGGCAGCUCCUGCCAAUGUUAAACCUGUCGCUGACAGUGCCAUGCAAUUCAGGAAAAGGCUGUCUGUCACAUCGGAGCAGGAGAGCUGUAUCCUCCAGGUGGAGUUCACCAAGCCUGAGAAAGGUGGGCUAGGCUUUGCUCUGGUGGGCGGGUUCAAUGGAAGCACACUGAGAGUGAAGGAUAUUUGUUGUGGGGGUGUGGCCGAGCAGGACGGUCGUCUACGUGUAGGUGACAUUCUUUUGGAGGUGAAUGGCAUCAUUGUAUCAGGACUGAGUCACAGUAAAGUUGUGGAUAUUUUGCGGAAGGCAGAGGGCACUGUUCAGCUGACGUUAUGUAGGGACAUCCUGCCCAUGUCAGCCUGCUCUAGUUCCAGCUCCCCUGCCGAGGCCUCUCAGGAAUUCAUCACAUCAAAUUCUGCAGAUAUUACAUCACAAACGGAAACAUAUGCAGAUCAUUUCCAGACGUCAAGAUGUCCUGGUCAUGGAGGGGAAUGUGAGCAGGAAAGUCGUAACUGUACACCUACCUGUCAGAGGUGUUGUCCAUCUCUGGGAGUUACAGACAUGCUUCAGGAAAGGACAGACCCCCAGAAGGAGCAUCCAGAAAAAUCUGCCAUGAAAACAGAGCAUAGCCAGUCAGACGGCUGGAGCAGUGAUGAAGAAGAGGAUGGUGAUGAAGAUGACAGUUCUUCUCAGCCACUGCUUCCCGAGACGGUGACUCAUACAGGUCAACCAAUUGUGUCAGAAGAGGAGCUUGCUAGGCUUGCAGUGAUAUCUCCAUCUAAGAAUGGGCAGUAUUCUGGCUCCAGGGUCAAAGCCCUCAUCCAGGCCCUUGAACUGUUAGAAAAGCAAGAUCUGAUUAAAGAGUUUAUGGCUUUAGAGCAUCUGAAACCCUCAGACAGCUGCCUGGUCGGAAAAGCACCCGAAAACCGGGAUAAGAACCGAUACAGGGAUAUCCUGCCCUAUGAUAAGACGCGUGUUCCUGUCGGAGAGAAUGAGGGCUACGUCAAUGCCAGCUACAUUCGUAUGAAGGUGGGCACAGAGGAGCUCCUCUACAUCUCCGCUCAGGGCCCUUUGCCUGGCACUCAGGAUAACUUCUGGCAGAUGGUGUGGGAGAACAAGUCUGAUGUUAUCGCCAUGAUGACUCAGGAGGUGGAGCGGGGCCGGGUAAAAUGCCACAAGUACUGGCCCGAGAAGCUCGAUGUUCCCAAAGAAACCAGCCGUUACCAGCUCCACCUGGAUAACUACCAGAUGCUUGGCUAUUUCCACAUUAAGGUCAUCAAGAUGGUGGAAAAAGAGAGUGGAGACGUUCAUUUUGUGAAGCAUCUAAAGUUCACCACAUGGCCUGACCAUGGGACACCACACUCCUCCGAGCAGCUGGUGCGCUUCAUACGUUACAUGAGGGCUGUUCACGCUAAAGGGCCAAUCAUAGUCCACUGCAGUGCAGGCAUUGGUCGAGCUGGAGUCCUCAUCUGCACUGACGUCAUCCUCAGUCUCAUUGAGAAAGACUUAAGUAUUAACGUGAGUGGCAUAGUAAAGGAGAUGAGACUGCAGCGGCAUGGCAUGAUUCAGACCAAGGAACAAUACCUCUUCUGUUAUAAAGUCUGGCUGGAAGUGUUGCAAAGUAUUUCACUUCUUCAUGAUCACCCCUGGCAAACUGAAACCUCUUCAUGAACAAAUCCUCAGUGUUUCCUCAGAAAGGCAACAAUAUAUAUGUGUUUUUGAGUGGCAGACAUGGUGAUAUGUUGAUUGUGUGUCUAAUAUAGUACUACCAAAUUAAAUUAAAUUUAAUUAAAUUAAAUUUAAUUUAAUUUAAUUUAAUUUAAUUUAAUUUAAUUUAAUUUAAUUUAAUUUAAUUUAAUUUAAUUAAUUUAAAUUUAAAUUUAAAUUUAAAUUUAAAUUUAAAUUUAAAUUUAAAUUUAAAUUAAAUAUAGUACUACCACUUCUACUAUUAAUCAAAUAUUGAAUAUAUCAUAGGAAAUAUGGUAGAUAUGUUCAUUAUCUGUGCAAAGUCUCUGUGUGAUUUGGUAUAUAUUUUGUACCAUUUUGGAUUUCAUAGCCUUUCUGGACUCUUAGUCGUUUUGCCUUGAAAAUGUUUUUUUAUUUUAAGAUAAACGUUAUGCACAUGAAUUAUUAAUUAAAAAUUAAUUUAACUUAUUUUUCAUAUUUUGAACAGAAGUACGUCCAAUUCUGUGAUUUUCUUAUAGUAUUGCACUGGUUUGAUUUUGACAGUAUCGCAGCAUCUGAUUUUAGUAGAGAGGCCAUCUUCGUUUAAAAUGCUUUUUACACUCUCCGAAGAACCAGCUGCUAGACAGAUACUUUUAGCAAAGUGCCUUUUAAUUUCUCCAUGUGGGGAGUUUACCGCUCAUCUUUCUUUAUCUGCACUCUUCUUGAUUAAAACAAGCUGUUUUACCUCUUAGUUGACAUUAGGUCAGAGCAGGAGGAAUUAACCCAAAGAAAUAGGACUGAUGCAAAGAGAUUACAAACCGCAGCCUUCUUAUCUGAAAGCAUAGCCUAUAAGGGUCUGCCGGCAGGCGUAAUCACUUGGAAACCAGGAUUUGACGUUGGACAGCAGAGCAAGUAUCGGCUUACACAUGUAAUGGAGAAAGAGGCUUGCCGUAAACCAUCUUAACACAUCGGUCUCACAAUAGUAAGCAACAAAUGUGUGAAUGGGUUAGAAAUUCCAAUGGACCAAUAUUCUGUGAAACUGUAGUACUUUUCACUGUUUAGCUUGAUGCAAAGCAACAGCACAAAAAUUUUCAGCACACUAAUGUCUUAAAAUCUACGUUUAUUUAAGACUAUCAGAGCACAUUUAAAAUGGGUAAAUUGUCCAAUUUGAUUUAUUUAUUUGCAUUUAAUUUUCAUCAGGCUGUGUGAAAAGGUGAUCAAAUUACUAUAUUGCUGUAUUACACUAUAAAUUAUUAACCUUGUACUUUGAUGGAAAGCUCAGAUAUAAGCUGUAGUUAUGAGAUGUAUCAGAAAUAUCUUACUCUUCCUGUACCCAUUUUUACAAAUAAAACACUAUAUAAUUGUA